AUGGGUGUAUUUAUACUCUUGGCAGUAGAGUUUGCAGGGAUAUUCUCCAGCGUGUUCAUAAUAUUUGUGAAUGUCCAGUCCUGGAUGAAGGGGCAGAAGAUGAGUUCUAGGGAUCAGAUUAUCAUUGCCCUCUCCUUCUCAGACAUGGUGUUCUCUGCUGUGAAUGCUGCCAUCGUACUAGGCUCCGCUUUUGUCCCUCAGCUGCUGUCGGUGGAUUAUAUCUAUUAUGGGCUGUAUGAUUUGAUGACAUAUUCAAUCUGUUCCAACUCCUGGCUCAGUGCCUGUCUAGGCGCAUUAUUCUUUGUGAAAACCACUAACUUUAAUAUUGGUUUCCUCGCACAGCUUAAGAUGAGGAUUGAAAUGGUCAUGCCUUGGGUAACAUCAGGCGUUGAAGUAUUCUCCUUCAUAAUUGCACUGGUUCAACCUUCAGCUUCUGCAGAAGUAUAUGGCGAGAAUUCUACACUUCCACUGAUAACCAAUGAGACUUCCGAAGUUAUCGGUUAUGAGACAGAUGUUCUCAAUGAUGUCUCAUUCUUACUUAAAGCCUGUCUUACUCCAUUCAUGAUCGUAACUGUCACCACUGCUCAUAUCAACAUUUCUCUCUGCAAGCAUACUCAACAAAACAUGGACUCUGGUGGUCCGACUCUCAAAGUUCACCGAAGGGCUGCUUCUACGAUGACAUCUCUCCUCAUACUCAACACUGUGUUUUAUGUUUUACAAAUGUGGCUUGGGUUUCUUCAAACCAGUGAUCCUCUGUAUAGGAUUGGCAUAACCCUAGUUUGCUCUUUUUCUUUAGUUCAGUCCAUCAUUCUAAUCCUGGGGAUUGGCAGGCUGAAAAAGACCUUUAUCCAGAUAAUAACCAUGUGUAGAAGAAAGGCUUUGUCUUAG